GCAACCUGGUCACGGAGCCUCGCGCCACAAGCUGCUGAUGUUGCUGGGCCCUGCAUCGAGGGAGACGGGGGAGCUGGUCCUGCAGACGGGCACUUUCUCCUUGCGAGACUUCAUCCAGAUCUUCGCCGACAAAGAGGUUGGGGAGUUGCUCAGCUCUGCAGACCCAUCUGCCAGGACCAGCCUGACAGUCAUUUGCCCGGACUUUGGGGAAUGGAAAGCUUCCCGGCUGGGUCAGCACAACCUGUUGGACUUCAUUGAUCUUCGCUUCAACCCGGGCCCUGUGUUGCCCGAGAUGGAGGGCCUGCAGGAGUUCCUGGAGUACCUCUCAGAGUCGCUGGACCCCCCGUCGCCCUUUGACCUCCUGGAGCCACCCAGCACCGUCGGCUUCCUGAAGCUGUCCCGCCCGUGCUGCUACAUCUUCCCUGGCGGCAGGGGCGACUCAGCCUUCUUUGCCGUCAAUGGCUUCAACAUCCUAGUCAAUGGCGGCUCCAACCCCCGCUCGUCCUUCUGGAAGCUGGUGUGCCACCUCGACCGCAUCGACUCCAUCUUGGUGACGCACAUGGGCACUGACAGCCUACCUGGAGUUAACAGCCUACUGCAGAGGAAGCUGGCCGAGAUGGAAGAGGAUCCCUCCUCACAAGGUUCGCCAAACGACGACUCGGUGAAGAACCUCAUCUCCCCAGAGCUGGGCGUUGUCUUCCUCAAUGCCUCCAAGAAGCUGAAGGCCAUUGCGGGGGACUCGGGCGUUCUGAAGAGCUGUGACGAGGCCAGCUUGGCGCUCCACUACCUGGAUAAGCUGGGUAUCCAGCCCAGCCCACUCUGCAGGGACAGCGGCCCCAAGGUGGAGCCCACUGUCCUCUUCCAGAAGAUGGGCGUCGGGCGCUUAGAUAUGUACAUCCUGAACCCAGUGAAAGGCAGCAAGGAGCUGGAGGUCCUGAUGCAGCACUGGUGCGGCAAUGGCUGCCCCCAGGGACUGGAGCUGCCCCUGCACUGUGUGACCUCCAUCUGUGCCCUCCUGGUCUGGCACCCCGUCAGCCCCACAGAGAAGAUCGUCCGGGUCUUGUUCCCCGGCUGCACGCCCCAGAGCAAGAUCCUGGAGGGGCUGGAGAAGGUCCGGCACUUGGAGUUCCUCAAACAUCCGGUGGUCACCCAGAAGGACCUGGAGUCAGGGUCCUCCUCGGGCAGCACCCCGCAAAGCCAGCAGAAGAGGACCACCAGCCAGGAGAGCCUCAAGUCCGGCUCCAAGCUGAGCCUCCCAGAGCCCAAGGAAAGGAGGGAGGCAAAGGCGGCCAGCGCCAGAGAGCGCCCCAUGGCGCCCAGUGAGUCCUCAAAGGGCAGCCUGGAGGAGGAGCAGGCCAAGGAGACUCGUACCAAAGUGGAGCUGUCUUCUGCUGUGAGGCCCAAGCAGCUGAAGGAGAAGCCGAUGGCCAAGAAGGACACAAAAAAACUUUUGCCAAAGAAUGACGCUGCCCCCUUGGGGAAGGUGCCCAAGCAGGAGGCAAAGGCGGAUCCCCCCAGGAGGGAGACGGUGGCCAAGAAGGAGGCGAAGGUGGAGGAGAAGACAGCAGUGAGGCAGCCGAGUCGGGAGCUGAGGAGGUCAGCCAGCACGGAAGCCAAGAGGCCCCCCACCAAGAUGGGCAGCUUCAGAAAGACCACCCCCAGCAUUAAGAAGGAGGCGGAUAAGUUGAAAGCCCAGCCUUUGAAAGAGGCUCCUCUCAAGAUGCCCAGUGGUGCCAAGGGGGCAGCAGGUGGCCUCUCGGACGGGUCCAAGUCAUCAACAGAGAAUGCGGCGAGGGAGGACUCUCGGCCAGAGGCACUGGGGGCUGAGUCGACAGACGAGGGCAUCACUACAGCAGAGAGCGAGCUGGAGCCAUCGCCGCUGGAGUGUCCUGGGAAUGGGGUGCUGGCGGCCCAGAACGGCCUGUGCACGGGGGGCGACCCUGAGAGCCCCCAGCCCUUCCGGCACCUGGAGGCCAGCUCUCCGCUGAGGGGUGCAGGUCCCCCAUCACCACUGGCUAAAACCCCCAAGAGUGAGCGGAGCGUCAACUUUGAGCAGACCCCCACGGGCACGCACGCAGGGCUCCACCCCGAGGGUGAGGAGGCUUGCGGCAGCUCCGAAGAGAAGACCUUGGAAAUGAUGUCUCCUGCCAGCUCAGGCCCGGCCAGCGCCAGGCACACUCCUUUCCACCAGUCCCCCGUCGAGGACGUCAUCAUGGCCGAGGAGCCGGCAGCCCUGACCAACUCCUGGCGCCCGGACGGCUCUGCCACCGGGCUCCGUGUUUCGCGGGACAACUCCAGCUCCUCACAGGAGAAGCCGCCAGGAUGCCUGUCACCCAGCCUCAUCCGCGAUGACCUCCCGGACGUCUCGCCCACCAUCACCACACCCUCACUGCCGGCCGAAGUGGGCUCGCCGCACUCCACCGAGGUGGAUGAGUCCCUCUCCAUGUCCUUCGAGCAGGUCCUGCCACCGGUCAGCGAAUUCCAGGAGGAAGCGGAUGCCCGCCCGGGGGGACUCACCCCAGAGCUGGACAUGGGCAAAGGCGGCUUAUCCUUGCCCGUCCGACCCUGCCACCCGCAUCACGCCCAGCGCUUGGAUGGCCACUCCCUGGCACGGCGCGCCCGCCGCUCGGACUCACCCCAUGAUGUGGACCUCUGCCUGGUGUCCCCGUGCGAGUUUGAGCACCCCAAGUCAGAGCGCUCGCCCUCAGCCAACUUCAGCCCCCGGGACAUGUCGAACAGCAGUGACUUCUCCCAGGAGCUGACCAAGCCACUGGUGGGCCAGCGAAAGGGCCCGUGGAGCCGCAAGCCCCAUCCCCUGGCCGAUGAGACCCCACCCACGUCACUCAGCGAGUCGCUGCCCACCCUCUCGGACUCUGACAUCCCGCCCGCCACAGAGGAGUGCCCUUCCAUCACGGCGGAUGGCGGGCUGGACUCGGACGACGACCCCGAGAGCCUGGCGCGGGCUCGCGACCCUCUUCCGGCCACCCUGAAGGACCCCCUCCCGCUCCCCGCUCAGCCGGGCAUCUGCAUGGUGGACCCUGACCGAGAAGGGGCGGCCAAGGGCAAGAGGCCGGCGUCCCGGGUGGGCUCUGCCCCACCCAAAGCAGACUCAGCCCCCAGAGGGGUGGCCCCCAACAGCAGCCGCAUCAAGCCUUCCUCGGCCAGCGCCGGGGAGAGAGCCCGGACGCCUGCUCUGAGCCGAAGUGAGCUGGCUGCCUCCCGUUCCAGUGGGGACCACCGGGCAUCCCUCGGACAGCGGGCAGCAAGCAGCAGGCCAUCCUUGGGGGCAGGCAGAGCGGGCCCUGCAGGUGCCAGGCCCAGUUUUGUGCGGCCCCCCGUCUACCUGGAGCUGGCCUACAUCCCGGGCUCGGCGAGUGCCCAGUGGGUGGACGAGGACUUCUUCCGCCACGUCCGGUCGCAGUGCUACGUCAUCAGCGGCGAGGACCACAUCAAGGAGGGUGUCAUGCGGAGGAUCUUGGACGCCCUCCUGGCCGGGAAGCAGCACUGGGCACAUGACACCCAGGUGACCCUGAUCCCCACCUUUGACUCCCUGGUGAUGCAUGAGUGGUACGCAGAGACGCUGGAGCGGCAGCAGGCGCUGGGUGUCACCGUCCUGGGCAGCAACAGCAUGGUGGCCAUGCAGGAUGAGACCUUCCCAGCCUGCAAAGUGGAGUUCUGAAGCCUCCUCCUUCCCCUUGGGCGCGUCUGGGGGGGGGAAUGGGAGACGAGAGGGACCUCCCUGGGUGCUGGGGGGGCAGGGGUAGAGACUCCCCACCCCACACUGAGACACUUCCAAAGCCCCCCCCCCCCCAGGCAAACCUUACCCACUCUGCUCUGUGUCUGGUCUGUUUGCAUGUUUUGCCCCCUCACCCCCGAGCUUCUAAACCUGGUCAAGCGCAGAGAUUUAGGAUUUGGGGAGAUGUGGUGUUUGGCCAGCAGCCCCACCCCAAAAGGGUGAUGGCCAGGCAUUCCUGGGGUGGGGGGUGGGGUCUGCUCUGACAAGGGGCAGAGUGCAGGGCCCCCUCCCCAAAAUACGACUUGCCCCUUGCCAAGAGGGCUAAGUCAAGCAGAUCCCAUGAAAAAUCUGCCUGGGGGUGGUCUCUGAAAGGCUCAGUCAGUUUACCUGCAGGACCUUUUUUGAAAAAAAUAUUUUUUUAAAAGAGUGAAACAGGGUCUUUGGGGGUGGUGCAUGUGUCUGCUUAUUUUAAGAGGCAGCUCCGAUUCCAAAGAGUUUGGGGUCCUGGCAGGGAGCUGUUUAUUUCCAUGGGGGGGGGGUAGCUUGGCUUUCUGAGGUCACUCCCUGCAACAGCGCCCCCCCCUUCUCUUAAAAAUAUCCCAUCUCCUCCUCGGGGCCGACUCUCCAUCCUACCCUUUUAAAAUCUGGUUGGGCCCAUAGCCGAUGCUUCCUCUUGGGGGGUCCGGAGCCAAAAUUCCCUCUGGAAUUGACCCCUCUCUCUUGGAGAUCACCUUCCCCCUCCCCCCUCAACACCGCCCCCCAAUUUCUUCUACCUCUUUAUGUUGAAAGCCAGCAGUGUGUUGUGUUGCGUUUUGUCCCGAGGCCUGUCUUGUUCAUCUCGGGAUGCUUUAAUCCACAAAGACUACUCUGUAAAAUCCAGCCAAAGCACACCCCUUUCCAACCCCCCCCC